AUGGCGUGUAGUCGAAGUCCACUCAGUAUAAUCUCUUGGUCCAUAGUUCUAUCGUUUUCCGUUCUGAUGCGCGCCUCCGCUGAGAUCUCAGCUUCGAGUGCAGCACUAAAGGCGAAUCCUAUUCACAAGCUCUUCAACCCUUCCUGGAAGCAGCCUCGAACUAGGAUUUCGUGUCUCUCCGACAACAGGGGCCAACAUCAAGAAGGAGAGAAGCGGUACCUUGAUGUAUCUGUCGGGGGUGGUCUCAAUCAGCAACGAAGAGGAAUCGCCAACGCAGUGGUUGUUGCAAAGAUUAUGAAUGCCACUCUCAUUGUUCCCAAAUUAAUCGUACAUCCAGCCUGGGGUGACCAAAGCAAGUUUUCAGAGAUUUUCAGUGUCCCGCACUUCGUUCAAACCCUGAAGAAAGAUGUGGAAGUUAUUGAAGAUGUUCCUGCAAGCCUGAAUUUUUCAUCUUUAGAAAGGCUUGCCUCUAUAAGCCUCCCUUCAGAAGCCCUUGAGCCAGAAUGGUACAUCAAGAAUGCGUUUCCAGUCCUUCAGAAAUACGGGCUCCUUGUGUUGAAUUACUUCUUCAUGCAGCUUCGAGAAGAUCUUCCAACACCACUUCAGCACUUGAGAUGUCGUGCUCAGUACCAUGCUCUUCAGUUCGUGAGCCCUAUUUUAAGCAUGGGUCUUCAGGCUGUUCAGAAGCUUCAGAGCUCUGGACCUUAUGUAGCUGUUCAUCUACGAUAUGAACCUGACUGGAUUGUCCAUACAGGCUGCCUGUAUGAUGAAGCAACAAACGCGUACAUGAAGAAAUGGGCGUCUGAGAGAAACAUUCAGUUUCAGUCCAACGUCACAGAAAGCGAAUUGAGAAAACAAGCAGGUCUUUGCCCCAUAACCCCUCAAGAAACGGCUUACAUUCUGAAGGCUUUGGGAGUUGACAGUAUGACAACCAUCUACAUUGCUGGAGGAGCGAUGAAUGAUGGAGCAAGGCUUAUGAGGCCAUUGCAUCGAGCAUUUCCUCGCCACAUUGCAACGAAGGACGACUUAUUGAAAAACACAGUAAACGAGCUGGUCGGCAGACCAUCUGUGCUUGCUGCUAUCGACUACAUUGUCUGCCUUCACAGUGAUUUCUUUAUGAUGACUGCUGGUGGCAACAUGGGAAUGAUGCUACGAGGUCACCGCUUCUACCUUGGGGAUUUCAAAGAAACAUUUCAACCAUACGGACCUGCUCUGGUUCCAGCACUUUCAGGGUCCAGGCCCAACAUGACCAUGCUGGGAGAUAUCCUGGCGCAGCAACGCAUCCACAAGGCACUAGAUCCUCUGAAUGCAAGAAGGCUACUGAAGUUCUUUGACCGCCCUUGGGAAUGUGUUUGUGAAAAAUCUCCAGAUCAUAGUACAAUAUAG